AUGCAAUUUAACAAUCAAUGCCUUGGUCUUUGGCCAGAGCCGACAUGUGAAGACAAUGUCGUGCUCCACGUGCUGCCCGCACAGCAGCGGCUGUCCAUAUCGGCAUUCUGCUCAGACGGCUGUCUCCUGUUUGGGCAACGCCAAUGGCUUUGCAUCCACAUCAGCGGUGACGAACACAUCGAGACUGGGACUAUGCAGAUGUCAACAGAAGACGAUCCUGAUGGCCCAAUCCGUAUCGCAACAAGGAGAGACGGCGCACGGCUGCCUCCAAGGCCCAAAUCUAAAACUCCUGAUCUGGGCUGGCUAGGACACAGUCAGGCAUAUGUGUCAAGGCAGUGUCAGCCAGAUGCCAGCACCUCACUACCAGAAAAUAGCGGCGCUGACCAUAACUGUGAAAGGGAAGGGAAAUGGGUGGAUAUCGUCGAUGGCCAGGUGAACCUGCCGGAGACGCAGUUGUUGCAUGGUGGCCUGCUUGUGUGGCUGGUGCUGAGCGUUGGGAGUGGGCUCAGGCGUUCGGGGUGCUCUGAUGGGGCUUCGGCGAUGGGCACGCUCUUUCGACAGCCCAGCUUGGUUCCGAUGGCGAAAGGAGUUCUCCGAACAGCUGCGGAUCAAGCACAAGACAAGGCAGAUCCUGGUGAUGCCUCCCUGCACUUGCAGCUGCAAGUGAAGUACUUCAGCCGUUGUUGGCGCACCCAUUCUGUCCUUCUUCAGCUGCCCGUGAACGACCCCAUGGCAGUGCACCUGCACUCGGCACCUCUGUCACACCAGCAAGCGCUGGUCCAGGCGACCCUGGUUUCGCGGAUGCUGGUAGCCGCGACUCUCAGCGAGGUGGUCCUGGAGCUGACGCCUGGACCAGAGCAGAGGCUGAGGGCUUGGGGCCUGGAGCUGCCAAGCAAACUGUACCCUGGGGAGUCGCUGGGGGUGUGUUUUCGGGUGGACCUGAACUUGGUGAAUGAAGUGCAUGGAAGCAUUGCUGGAGAGGACGACUCGUUCCAAUCCCAGCUGAGAUUGGCCUACACAGUGGACAUGUUCACCAAUGCCAUGCCAGUGACCCUUUGCUGUGGAAGCGCCCUCCUUCCCCACUCCAAAGGUGCUGACGUCACACAGCUGCGCCCACCCAAGCUUCCCCCAAAGGGCCAGAGUAAGGUGCCUGGGGGGGCCCAGGAGUGCCGUUUCACAUGGCCUUUUUCAGUGGAGUCUGUGCUGGAUGGGCCUGGGCCCCGGAAGGAGAAAGUCAAGGGGGUACUGCUGCCACCGCCCAUGGUCAAGAUGGGUGUCCCUGUUGCCCUCACGUGGGUGCUGGAAAGGGUGGAAGAGGAACCUGUUGCGAAGGAGUUGAUCCCUUAUGAACUGCAGAUGGUACGUUUGGGCCCUGGCACGAGGCACGCUGGAGGUGUGGUGUGA